AAGGCGGCCGGUCGGGGCCGCUCAGCACAGUCUCCUCCCGCUCCCGCCGACGCCCAGCACGCCUCAGGCUCCGAGGCUCCCCCGACGCCCUGCCCUCGGCCCCGCGGAGGGCCCGGCAUGGCGGCCCUCGGCCUCUUGCUCCCCACCCUGCUCCUCCCCCUGCUGCUGCUGCUGCUGCUGCCGCCCCCGGCCCCGGCCCGGCCCGAGCCCCCCGCCUGCAAGAUCCGCAUCACCUCCAAGGCCCUGGAGCUGGUGAAGCUGGAGGGUCUGCGGUUCCUGGAGCAGGAGCUGAUGCACAUCGACAUCCCGGACCUGCGCGGCGGAGACGGCAACUUUUAUUACAACAUCACUGACGUGAAGGUGGAGCGGCUGCAGGUGACGGAGUCGGAGCUGAGCUUCCGGCCCCCCCGGAGCCUGGCUCUGCAGAUCAGCAACGCCUCCAUCCGCCUGGGCUUCCGGAGGCAGCUGCUCUACUGGUUCUUCUACGACGGGGGCCGCGUGGACGCGUCGGCCGAGGGGGUGAACAUCCGCACGGCCCUGCACCUGGCCAGGGGCCCCACGGGGCGCGUCCAGGUGGCCAACGUCUCCUGCAAGGCCAGCGUCGCCAAGAUGCACACCGGCUUCGGCGGGACGUACCGGAAGGUCUACGAGAUCCUGUCCAGCUUCAUCACCUCCGGGAUGCGCUUCCUCCUCAACCAGCAGAUCUGCCCGGCGCUCCACCACGCGGGCGUGGUCUUGCUCAACUCCAUGCUGGAGACGAUCCCCGUGCGCGGCGCCGUGGACGACCACGUGGGGAUCGAUUAUUCCCUGCUGCGGGAUCCCGCGUCUUCCGACCGCAACCUGGACAUGGAUUUCCGGGGAGCCUUCUUCCCCUGGCCCGGGGGCAACGUCACCCUGAAGAACCGGGCGGUGAGCCCCGUGGUGGUGGAGGAGAACCGGAUGGUCUACGUCGCCUUCUCCGAGUUCUUCUUCGACUCCGCCAUGGACAGCUACUUCCGGGCCGGGACGCUGGCGCUGGAGCUGACGGGGGCCGAGAUCCCCAAGGACGUGGACGUGAUGCUGAGGGCCUUCUUCUUCGGGGCCAUCAUCUUACUGGACCCCGCCGCGGCGGACGCCCCCCUGAAGCUGGGGCUGCGGGUCCUGCAAGCGCCCCGCUGCACCAUCAGACCCUCGGGCACCGUCGUCGCCGUCACGGCCGGCCUCGCCGUCGCCCUGGCGCCGCCGGGCCGGCCCGAGGUCCGGCUGUCCAGCUUGACCCUGGAAGCCCGGCUCGACGCCAAGAUGGCGCUCCGAGGGAAGACGCUCCAGACCAAGUUGGAUCUGCGCAGGUUCCGCGUCUCCUCCAACCAGUCGGCCCUGGAGGCCCUGGCGCUGUUACCCCUGCAGGCGCCCCUGAAGACGAUUCUGCAGAUCGCGGUGAUGCCGCUGCUGCACGCACGGACCCGUAGAGGAGUGCGGAUCCCCCUGCCCGAGGGCAUCGAUUUCGUCCGGGAAGUGGUGACCAACUACGCGGGCUUCCUGACCAUCGGGGCGGACCUGCGCUUUUCCGAGGGGCUGCGCGAAGUCAUCGAGAAGAACCGUCGGGGGCCCGGCCCGGACGCCCCGGACGCCCCGUCGGCUCCCCCGCCCGGCCCCGUCCCCCCGCGCCCGCUGUAACCGCCCCCCCCAAUAAAGGCCCGGCGGCCCGGCCUCUUCCACCA